AAGGCCUACUAUGAGCCAUCUUCCCUGGGGUUAUUCCUAUACUUACCUGAAGGCCAUAGCACCCAUGCUGUGUACAUGAAGGACAUGAAGCUCAUUGUCAGCACAGGACGGCUCUGCACCGUCACUGUCAAUAUGUGUGCGUGUGAACCAGAAGCCUGCACUCUGCUAAGGUACGGGCUCUGGCCAGCAACAACCGACAAGCCCCAGACAGCCUUUUCCAUCCCUCUGCUAGAGCUUUUUGUUUGUCUGUCACUGGAGCGUCAGGUUUCUGUUGAGGGUUUUUGCAACACCCUACGCUGGAAAAACAACCUUACACUUGCAGAGGUUAACGCACUCUACAGAGCCCUGGUGGGAGAAUCCAUAUCCCAGUUUAGGCAUUACCACUUUCGACAACGAAGUUUGGUAGAUGUUUGCCCACAGUUAGAUGAUGGGACCACAUGCCCAGCAUGUCCAAAGGCGGAUGGAGAUAUGAUAGUGACAUUGGAUGCCAACUUUGGCCUUGUAAGGAAGCAAAGCUCAGGGACAAGUGUGGUUGAGCCAUUUCAUGGAACCCGCAUGUUUGUUGAUGAAAAGGAUGUAGAGGAAUACCUUCUUUCACAUCUUGACAGCUCAAAGCCUAACGAGGACUGCAGUAACUUCAAGGCUGGCAACGUUCUGAGGUCCCAGCAACAAGCAAAGAAACUUGAUGUUACAGGAGUGUUUGGAGCUUCCUGUCUUCAUGAAAUGCCGCUAAUGUUUGUCAACAUGAGCCAAGGAGAAAGGCAAGUAGUGACAUUUAUGACUAUUGACUCAAUAUUCAAUGCUUAG